AAACAAUGGGGCCUAUCAAGCAGUUGUUCUCAUCUAGCUUAAGCUGGCUCUACUCUAUUGUUGCCGAUAUAAUACGGAGGACACGACUCUAAACAGCUUGCUUACGUUGCGUACCUGUUACUACCGUGGCACUUCAGCCUCAAAGAGAACAACAACUUAGGUUUCUCGACUCUCUACAGCUGUUGUAUGGCUUUGGUCCAAGUCGAUCUUGAAAAAGCCACAGCAAGAAAGUCAACCUUGGCUUCCCCUCUGACUCAACUGCCAAUACUCAGCCACAGCCUCAAUCACGGUCACAGCGUGCAGUUUCAACCCAAACGAAAAACAUAAAUGUACAAAUUCUCGUCAAGUCUAAAUCUCAAUCCUCGGAUCUUCAUUCAUCACUACUCAGUAAAAAUGGCUACGUCAAAUCCCGGUCCAGUAUAUUUCUGGCGUGAGACAGACCCAGCAACAGGAUACCUAUCACAAUGGUAUUAUUGUCCUUUCAAGGAUGAUCAGGAUGAGAAAAAGACAUACAAAACAGCAGAGCAUUAUAUGAUGCAUCACAAAGCCAUCCUAUUCGACGACGAAGCCACCGCGCUUGAGGUCCUCAAAACGGGCCAUCCACGAAAAGUCAAGUCUCUCGGCCGCCAGGUAAAGAACUUUGACGAGGCAGUAUGGCUAAAGCAUCGACGUGACAUAGUCCGAAAGGGCAACAUCCUCAAGUUCACACGGGCUAUCACAGAGGAGGGUUUUAAGAGAGGCACGCCCGGGGCAAAUCAACCAAGUUCAUUACACUGGCCCAUCGAUGGUUCUCUAGCAGAUAUGUUAAUCGACACGGGCGACAGAGAACUUGUCGAGGCCAGUCCAUUUGAUCCAGUCUGGGGCAUUGGGUUCAAAGCUGCAGAUGCAGAUGCUGCGAGAGACUCGUGGGGUGAGAAUUUGCUAGGUAAGGAAUUGAUGGAAGUUAGAAGGAUCUUGAAGGAGAGACGAGACGGCCAAAGAGCAUGAGUGGCGAUACAACUGCGCUGUAAUACAAUAUUGAAUCGUGCAAACGGGUAUCACUUUGUCAGGAACGGAACAAUGAUUGUUUGAGCUGUUUCGGCUGUACGCCUAAAUAGAUUGCACCGACCUUGAAAACCAAGGCAACUUUUGAACAUGUCUAUAAGUCCAUCUUCCUCCCACCAAUGAUGCCCGGCCCAAUGCCCAUAUUCCCCUCCAUAAUCAUACAUAAAAAGAGCCUCGUCCCGAGGCAAACAGAGCGGCGUGGUAGUAGUCAUUUUUUGCUGUUUAACAGCCCCAAACCCAUUCUCCAG